AGGUAAGGUACUGGUCGAUGAUUAUGAGGACAAAUUAAUUGAAGACUUUCUACAAUCGAAAAUGACCAGUGAUACAUACAUUUGGAAGUGUGCCGAAGCAAGCGUAUCUCACUUAGAUGCUUAUAAACUAUUGACAGGAGGUGAACUCAGUGAUGAUGUGAUAGAUGCAUUUGUUAUUCGGCUUUGGAAAAAGAUUGAAACAACUAAUAGUUAUGAUCGAAAGAUACAUGUCACAAGGCCUUGGCUUGCACAAGCAUUUCUAGAUGGAAAUCGUGAAAUGGUGGCAAAACGAAUGAAGGAAAAUAUUUCUCAGCAGAAGUUCUUGGAGUGUGAAAGAUUUCUGAUCCCGAUUGUCAGCUCUGGACAUUGGCACAUGGUAGAGUUAGUAAGAGAGGAGAAAAAAUUCUAUCACUACUCCUCAAUCAAAUCCCCCAUUUAUACCGCCGAUGCUGCGAAAUUUAGAAAUAAGUUUAUGAGUUUCAUACAAAGUAAUUGGAGAUUGGGGAAAUUAGAGCAUCAUGUUCUGGAGUCAGUUGACACGCCACAACAAGGACCAUUGCGGGAUCUUUAUGAUUGA